UGCACCAACUCAUACACUGUGAUUCACCCCCUUACCUGAAGAUUAUAGGCGCCUAGCUUUCUCUAAAAGAGUUCUAAUGUGCUUUCUUUGAAUCUGAGGCCUUACUUCUCAGUGCUGCCGGAAACUCUCGUUACUCUCAAAAACCUUGCAGUCCUCCACAAGACCUUCAACAUCUCCAUCCUUCGGCUUCAGAAAACCCUUGUCAUGACUGCCGUGAUACGUCUAAAGGGGACUACUCUCGAGGGUGGGGGCCAGCUCCUUCGAAUCGCAGUCGGCGUCUCGGCCCUCACCACAAUUCCCGUCGAAAUAACAGACAUUCGAGGCAAUCGAUCUGGUGGGGUGGGACUCAAGAUGCAGCAUCUAGCAUCCGUCACGUGGCUCGGAGCUGCCUGUCAUGCUCGAUUGAGUGGAGCCGGAAAGAAGAGUAAACAGCUCCUCUUCGCGCCUGAUACAAAGGGCCUACCCUCUCUCCUCGACUACCGUGAACGCGAACUUGCCGACGGCAAGGCAAUCAUCGAAUCCCAGAUCCUUCAAAGCACCCCCGGGAGCAUCGGCUUAGUCUUCCAAGCUAUUCUCCCCUUCCUCUUCUUCUCCGGUUCCUCGCUGUCCAUCACACGCUCAGAAGACUCUGUACCCAAACCCAUCCGCAUCCGCAUAACUGGCGGCACGAACUCCUCCCUCUCCCCCUCCUACGACUACAUCUCCCAAGUCCUCCUCCCUACUCUCUCCCUCGUCGGGCUCCCCCCUAUCACCAGCCAACUCCACUCCCGCGGCUGGACACACGGCGGCAACAAAAUCGGCGGCAUGUCCUUCACCGUCACACCGCUCGCGCCGAAAACCACACUUCCCGCUUUCACGCUCAGAGAGCGGGGCGCUAUAACCCACAUCCAAGCCACCAUCCUCGCGCCGCAGGCCUGCGAAGCCCACUUCCGCGACGAGCUCGACACUGUCCUGGCAAAACGCUCUGGAUCCCUCUUUGACUCCGACGCGGACAUGGACAUCGACGUCACAUUCGAGGACAGCAAGAGUGAUAAGCGCUUCUACCUCCUCCUCGUUGCCACGAGCAGCAUAGGGUGCAAGCUAGGCCGCGACUGGCUGUAUGACCACCGCGUCAAGGAUGGUCGUAUCGACGACGCGAUUCGCGCGCUCGUGAAGCAGGUUGUUAAUGAGCUGGUGGCGGAGAUCGAGAGCGGUGGGUGUGUGGAUGAGUAUAUGCAGGACCAGCUUGUGGUGUUCCAGGCGCUGGCAGAGGGAAGGAGUGAGGUGGACUGGGGUAAUGUGCGUCAGGGAAGCUUGCACACAAGGACGGCGGAGUGGGUGUGUAACGAGCUUCUCGGUGUGGAGUUUGACGGUAAGGGUGGGUGCGAGGGUAUCAGGCUGGCGGCGGGGGAGGUGUUCGCGGAAAGGUCUGAGGCAAAGGUGGCUAUCGAGACAAAGACGAAGGAGCGGGGCGGAGAUGAUGACCUGGCUGAGGCGGUUGAGAGGCUAGAGAUAUGAUACCUGGAUGUGCUUGAUAGAGAUCGUGAAACCCCACAAUAGAAUGUAGAUCUGUAGCUCCACAACACGUUGACGGAGACUCCUAG